GGCGCGCGCGAGGCCUGGCCUGCGCAUCCUCGGCGCCGAGGCGAGCUCGGACCAGUGGAACGUAAGCGUGGACAUGAACCCCAAGCACACGGUGGCCACCGUCACCGCACUGCGCCGCCCCGCCAACAUCGGGGGUCAGGACCAGGAGCAGCAGCCAGCCGACCAGCCCGCCACCACCAUGCCAGGAGUGUCGGAGGUGUUCUCCUGGCUGCUGGAGGUCGCCGAGGACUCUUCUGAGCUGUGGGAGGACGCCCGUAUCGUCUGGAGCGUCCGCUACGUCCUGGAGGGCAGCGGCGAGGCCGGCGGGGAGGCCGCCCCGGAGCCGUGGCCCUCUCAGCAGCCCGACCUUGGCCAGGACGGCGUGGACGCGGCGGACGCGGCCGAGGCCGAGCCCGUGGCCGAGACGCUGAUGCAGGCCGACGGCGUCGCCACGAUCGGCGGGGCGGCGGGUGGCUCGGUCGCGCGGUCCAGGCGGCCGAGGUCGACGCAUCACCAGGGCGGCCACCACCACCAGGGCCACCAGGGCCACCACGGUCACCACGCCGGCCAGCACCAGGCGCACCAGGGCCACCCAGAGCGGCACCACGGCGAGCUCGUCGAGGAGACUCGGCGGAAGCUCGUUGCCCGCUUCCAGGUGCAGAAGGACGACAUCCAGGCCGUGCUGCCGAUCUCCAAG